GCCCUGAACUGAGUAAGAAGUUCGAUUGCUUGGAACACAGCAGCGUGGUAGUUUAAAGGUUAAUGUGAUGCUUUACUAGAAUGAAAUGGUGUGCGUAUCCAACUAUCGUCCAACAUAAAUAUGCUCUGAUGCAAAUGCACAAUGGUGCUAAACAGUGGUAAGCAGGACAUUCCGACUUAAACGGAUGUUGAAAAGAUAAUCGAGUGAAAACAGUAAACUGCAAUGUGCCAGACGCAGGCACCCCGGUCAAAAUCACUUCGCUGAUUUUACUUUCCCGUCCCUUCAUCUUUUGACUUGUUUUCUCUAUCAUACAGCAUGGGCUAGCCUCCUCACUUGGGUUCACGUCUCUCUCACUCUUGGACUUGCGCUGUGUAUUAGCUGACAGACUGACGCCGUGACCUACCCAAGCGUUUCUUGCAGAAGCCCAUCUUUGCAAGCACCGUGGAAACUGAUAUUUGAACUGCUUGAUUAUCUAUUCGCCGCUCAUCAAUUUCUUUAAACGCACGGAUCAUUUGCACUUCCCUGACGUCCGUAAUUAUGCAAUCCGCCUAUUUUAUUUGGGAUUUCAUUUGAAAUAGGCAGCAAUGUGUUGAAAGGACUGCAUCUCCUUUUUCGGGACUGCAAGUGUGGGACGCACUAAUGCUGGACGCCGGGUGGACGUGGUUUUUCCUCUUGCGCUUUUAAGCAAGUGUCUGGAAGAGGGAUGAAUACCGUCAUUUAAAGCCAUAUAGGCUCUUCCCCUGUGGGGUUACGCAAAUUUGGGUAUACUGUUGACCAAACUGAAGAAGUCGGAAACCGGACUGCCGCUUUGUGGUGAGAUGCAUAACUAUAAAUAUAAUUAAUGAAUACAUAUAUUUAUAAUUCCUUGCCGCCCCAACUUUAUUGGCGUUAGAUUAGCACACAUAUCUGCGCCAGAAAAAAGAGGGAUAUCAAAUUCAAGCCUAAAUCCGUCGCCCUGUACAGUAAAUCUCAUUGAUUCCCAUCUUCGAAGAACUUGGUCUUCAGCGUUGUGGUUGAUAGCGACUAGAGCGCCCCUUUCAAUUUCCCAUGCUGAUAUUUUUUGGUCGCAGUGCAACUUUCGAAAAAUGAAAUUGACAGGAUCUGUCCACGCAAGGCGUAUGAUUUUUAAGGUGCUCACAUGCUACCAAUAACGAAGAUUCAAGGACAAGAAUGUGUCAAAAACUGCUCCUGGAAUCGUCUGUUUCACAUUUCGUCGCCUAACUGGGGAGAGUGGAUUAAGUUGUUCAAAACAGCCCAGUUCUAUGCGUCCAAUACUUGUUUACUUACCACGCUGGUUGUGAGAAGCGCAAAGGAGGAAUGCUGAUCCGAGACAUAUUGCCGCUCAGCUUAAGUUUUUGGCCUUUUCUGUUUGGUCAUUACUUUUUCACGUCAUUUUUACUUUUGUUUCAGUUUACUCAGGGGGAACUUCAAAAGUCAUGCUCGCGGACUAUUGUGGAGAAGGUGGGAGAAAACUGCCAGUUGGCGUGCCAGUGUAGACCCUAUCCUCCUCUCCCACCCCCGCCUCCGCCGCCACCGCCCCCCAGACUACUGGUCAGCACGGUGGCAGAAACUACUGUGCCCCAGCUGAAGCCAUGGUGGAAGGAGAUAGUAGUAUUAGGCACUGUUGGAUGUGCCUCUGCGGCCUUCCUCUUGUUAAUUGUCAUUAUCUGCUACAAGGCUAUAAAGAGGAAACCACUGCGGAAGGAGGAGAACGGGACCAGCCGGGGGGAGUACGCUAUGAGCUCCCGCAACAAGAAGACCGUGGACACCAACAACGCUGUGGUGUAGAGGACUCGCAGACAAGAAGCAGACAGAUCACCACAACCACCACAACUCCCCCAGGCCCCCUCUCCACCAUAACCCGGUCCGCGAAAAAGCAACGAGGGUGGUAACAUAAAUUUAAUGCACCUUGCCAGUUGUGCUCAUGCACGUCGGCUUCGCUAGCAAUUUAGAAAAAUAGAGCCAGGAUAAGGCAGGGAGAGAAGAGAAGGAAAUACCGUGUGGGGAGUGAGACAGGCUGAGCUCUGAGGCUCUGAGCCUCCUUAACAUGCAAAGCUGGACAGUGCCAUUCUGAACAGGAAGUCGUGUCAGCUGAGGAAGGGUUGACAGCCGGCGUCGUGGAAGAUGAACCUGUCAAUCUGCACGGCUUCCAGAAAUGACACCUCAGAGACACUUUCAAUGAUGGGAACACUUAAUUACAAUAACAAGAAGAAAAAAAAAACAAUGCAUGCAGUUUCCAUGGAAUGCAAAAACCCUCUAGAUUUUUCCACGUCUCUGUUUUUCUUCUUGAGUUCACAUUUUAUUUUGUAGCAGUUUGUUUUUGCGGCUUUGUUGAUUGUGUUUUUCAUACUAGUACCCCAUAUUGUAUUCAGGUCCUCUGUCUAAAGUCAACUCCUGCCG